GUUAUUGGCUACCUACGUCCGUCCGUGGUUUCAGGCCACACUUCCCAGACUUUUUUUUUCAUAAAAACUGCAGUGGAUCAACUUAUUGUACAUUGGUUUUGCACUGUGUGUAAAAAAAAUUGUCACCUAAGGUCUCCGAUUAAAAGUAUGGCAACUUCGUCAAGUGCUAUUGAAUCAGAUGCAACAUUCAACUCAUUUUACUGUGAGGUGAAGCAGAUUGAGAAGCAGGACGCGGUGCUGACGUCGGCGCAGCAGAUAGAGCGUCUGCUCCGGCCCGGCGCCACCUACCGCAACUUGAACCCCUUCGAGGUGCUCCAGAUCGACCCGGACCUUCCCGUGCAGGACCUUAAGAAAAAGUACAAACGGAUGUCCAUUCUGGUUCAUCCCGACAAGAACCCGGACGACAGGGAGCGAGCCCAAACGGCUUUCGAUAUUAUCAACAAGGCUUACAAGGCGCUAGAAGAUGAGAAUACCCGAAAAAAGUGUAUGGACGUCGUAGAAGAGGCCAAGUUCAAAGUGGACAGUGCGAUUGCAGACAAGCGCAAGAAAUUGAAGAAGGAGGGGAGAAAGGAUGCUGCCGUCGAUGAAGACGAUCCAGACAAGUACAAGCGCGCCAUACAAGUUCAAACAAUGAAACUAUUUGCAGAUAUGGAAAGGAAACGAAAGGAACUGGAGACCCGGGACCAAGAGGAGAGGAAGAGAAAGCGAGAGGCAGAAAUUGAGGAAGAGGAAAACAAAAAAGCCCAGAAGGAAUGGAACAAAAACUUCGAGGCGAUGGCGCCCCCUUGCAAGAUGGCGCUCCUAUGACGCCGCUGGCUCGUGAGGGCGCCUUUCGGGCCUAGGGGCGCCCACCAAGGAGUCCCGAGAGGGUCGUGUCACCAGCUGGCAAAACUUCAAGGCAGGCAAAACCUCCAAAAAGGCUAAAUUGGGCAAGCCGCUCGGUUUCCGUCCACCCAAACUGAAGCCGGAGCAGCGGUAGUGUCGCGGAGCGAUCUUCGGAGGCUGCGGCGGUAGUGGCGCGCAGCGACGCUCGGCGGCGGCGGCGGCGGCGGCGGCGCUCGGGCAGCCGGCCCGGCCGCCAGCUCGGACUGGUGGCUGCCCUCGGUGGGCCCGGCCCGGGCCGGGCCAGGCUGCGCUGACCGACGCAGCCGGUGGCCAGGGCCGCGCGCCAGCGACAGCGGAGCUGUGUCCUGUGGGCGCGCUCUGCGCCGUCUUCGGCCCGCACGCUCCGACACCCCGGUAUUCUAGGCUCUUGGGCUUAUAGAAACCAACCAAGGAUGAUUCAUAUUCCAAGACCAGGUAAUGUCGCAUUGGAGCGGUCUACAGCUUAUCUGUCUGGGAAAUCUCUGCUCGUGUUUCUCAAUGUUGAUGCUUGUGUCAUUUCAUCGAGUCGUGGUUCAUCGAGUGAUGCCAAAUACACCCGUUGUGAUGUU